AUGGAUCCUUUCGAAGUUCGUAUGCAGUUUGUGGCUUUACUGCGACGGCUGGAUGCUUCUCAGCAUUCUAUUAGAAAAGUGGUCUCGUUCGCAGUCAAAUUCUUCCCUCGCUGUGGAGAAGAUUUGUGGGACUGCAUAGUCGAGGAAACUCAGAAGGGCUCCAUCAACUCACGAAUCAACAUUCUGUAUUUCCUUGACUCACUAUGCGAAACAUGUCUCUUGGUAAAAACGCACGCGAACGCGAUAGGGAACACUGAGAAGGCGUCGAGUAACAUGUAUGUGGACCUUGUGGCGAGGGAUUUGGGGACGAUAGUCGAAAACGUCGUUCCUCCGGGAGUAGAAGGAUCACCGAACCUGGUCAGCACGAAACAAAUUCUCGAAACUUGGCGGUCAAAACGAGUAAUUGAUCCUCAAAUCUUGGACUCUGUCAUCUCUUCGUUCGAUAACCGCACUGAUUCUGGAGAGUUUGAUAACGACGCUCCAACUGUUCGAAAGUCAUUCGCACCACUCCCCCGGCCAGAAAUUUUCAAGCGAAUUGAAGAGGAUCGGGAGCGUCAUAAACGGUUACGUGAGCGCAGAUGGGUACAACCUAUCACCCAUAAUACUAUCACUGAAAUGCAGGCCCCGCCUCUAACGUCUUUCAUGCCUUUGACCGAGAAGGAGGAUGGAGAUCGUGAGUUGAGCAUUGAUAUUGAGUUUGACAAUGAGUGGGAGACGCUUAGUGAUUGGAACGAAGACGACGACGAAGCAUGUGCAGAGGAGAAUGCGUUGUGCUUCCCCGAUCCUCCCGGUGAAAUGGCGAUGGAUUUGGAUUAA